CCUCCCCGCCCCGCCCGGCGGAGGCAGCGGCUGCGCCCCGCGGCACACGGCACAGCCCGAGCCAUGGCCGCCCGCCGCCUGCUGGGGCUGCUGGCCGCCGCCGCGCUGCUGGGCGCAGGUUGUGGGGAUGACCCAGGGGAAUUCAGCCUAGAAGAUGCCCUCGGCCCCAUACGGCCCACACCCAAGAAACCCAGCAAGCCGGCCGGUGGGACAGGAGGGAAAGAAUUUGACCUGGCUGAUUACUUCGACAACCCGGUGGAGCCCACCAACAGGCCAGCCAGGCCCACCGCCAGGCCCUUCCCACGGCCGGGGAAGCCAGACAGUGGCUUUUGGGAUGUCAUCCAUACCACCACCACCAAGCGGCCAAAAACAACGCAGAGCCCCCGCAAACAGAACCCAGGGAAGAAUCCUUCGGAUCUGGACUUGGCUGAUGCCCUUGGAGACUGGGACGAUGCGAGGGAUGGCAGGCGGCCAGCUGUGAGGCCGGAGGAAGGAUUUUCGGACAGUGACCUGGAAGGCAUUGUGAAUGAUGGCUACAGCCCCGACAAGAAGAAAGGAUCUGGAGGCAACACUGACAGCCAAGACAACCGGGUAGAGACGGGCACCAUCGCUGGCAUUGCCAGUGCCCUGGCCAUGGCGCUUGUGGGGGCCGUCUCCAGCUACAUCUCCUACCAGCAGAAGAAGUUCUGCUUCAGCAUACAGCAGGGACUUAACGCCGAAUACGUGAAAGGGGAGAAUAUGGAAGCUGUCGUAAGCGAGGAGCCCCAAGUUAAAUACUCAGUACUGGAAACACAGUCAGCAGAACCGCCGAAACACGACGGUGCGAAGGUGUGAGGGCAGGGCCUGCCAUCUCCUCCUGCUGGGAAGGGACCCGGCGGCAGCAAACACCAAGAUCUCACCUGCUUGUAAUUUAGCUAUUUAUUUCAUUUGAAUCCAAAGCUGUUUGAUGUGUACUUAGGCUUGAACUGGCUUCUUACUGCACUAGGCUUUAGGGUUAGGAUGGCACUACGUACGUGCUUCUUUUUUUUGUAAUGAGAUAUGUUUACAUGGAAGGAAUACUGGAGGUUUGACUGCAAGUCGUAUUCAAACUAACAGCAGGUGCUUCAGCAGCGAUCCCGUGCAGGUUAAGGACGAGGUCUUUUGCAAGGACUGCUUUGUAAGAACAGCAAAGUGCCUGUUAUUAGCAACCCAAAGCAAACCAGCCACCUCCCUCAUCAGUCUCCCUGUGCCACAGCGCUGCUGCCCAGGCCUGCCCUCACUGCCUUGGUGCUGCUUCCUCCUCCCCGGCCCUCUCACACUGAUGCCAAGACAUGGGGACAGACACUUGCUGAGGCACUUUCCCAAAGCAAUGGGAAGUGAAGGGGAAGUGACCGCCCAGUGUAAAAGGAACUCCCAGUUUAUAUGUAGCCCUGAAAUAUGUGCAUUUUUGAACCUGUUCUGCAGAUCCCAGAUUGUGUGAAUGUACGUGGACUACCAAAAGCAUUUCUUUUGAUUCAGAGCUGUCAGGCAAACUCACUGCCACAAGGCCUUGCCAUGAUCCCUGAGGUCCCUCCUGGCUUGAGCCAUUCCAUGACUCGAUGAGCCUUCUGUCCCUCUAAAAGGAAAUGGCCCAGUCACGUUUUAAGUGCUUUGCAACAGCUGCACAGUUCUUUAUGCUCUUCUUAACACUUGUGUCUUUAAAGCCUUACACUCGCUCUAGCAGAACGACUACAGCAUUUUAUAAGGGAGAUGAGUUCUAAUGAUAUAUGGUGCCUCACGUAUUUACAGCACUUCGUCUACGAUACUGCAAUUAACCGUCACUCCUUUGUGUGUGGAUUAGAAAAAGUAGUUCUCUCUUGUUCUGAGACUGUGACUCUCUGCUCCUGUGUAAUUAGCAAUAGCACGAGAAGGAAGGGCCUCGUAUUGUGCCAGAGGAGGGUCAGGUUGGACAUUAGGAAAUAGUUCUCUGAGAGAGCAGGCAGUGCUGGAACAGGCUGCCUGGGGAGUGGUGGAGUCGCCAUCCCUGGAAGUGUUUAACAACUGCGUAGAUGUUGUACUGGAGGACACGGUCAGUGGGACAUAUCGGUGGUAGGCUGGACUGGAUGAUCUCAGGUGAUCCAGCUUUACUGAUUCUAAGACAGGUGCAGGAUACGCUCCCUCUGUUUGUGUACUCAAAGUGCCAGAUUUACCUGGGGGAUGGUGGCUGGAGAAUUCUGCUGGGCACAGGCAGGAGCUCCAAUGUGAGGAAAGCCACGUCCCUGGGGUCAGGCUGUACUUCUCCCUUUCCCACACCAUCACCUGUCUUUUCUCUCUUAGCUGAAUGGAUUUGAAAGCUGUAGCAUGAAAAAUGUUUUUACAAAGUACAGAAGGUGUUGCAAUACGGUACCAAUGAGCACUGGGAGGCAUUUCAGAUUAGAUUAGCUGAAGCAAAUGCAAUCUCAUUUCUCUUAGCUGAUAACCAGUGUUGUCUGCAGAUGCAGAUUGUCAGCAUGUUUCCAUGGCCCUGCACCUUCUGCACACCCAGUGGAUGGGAUGGAGGGUGCCCAGGAUUGCUUACAGGCUGUAACACUUAGUUACCGUCCUUUAGGGAAUGGGUACAGCAGGACGUAGAAGAAUCACACACUUAACUCACAGGUACUGCAGGUGGUGGUUUCACAGAGGAAAAACAGCCCUUUCAGAAUUCAGAAGCGGACAGCACUUAAAAGUGCUCCUUUCCCAAAAGCCUUCUAUAUGACUUACGCCUUAAUGUAACUUCAGGCUACUUGGUAUAUGGAAAAAUGUGAACACGCAGUGAAAGAGAUGACAUUUCAGAAGCUUAAAGUAACAAAAUUAGAAAUCUCUCUCUUUGGGAUUUCAGAUGGGAAAAUAUUGGACAAAUAUCGCAGAUAAGAAAUUAAACUCAAGUCUUGUCUUCAAAACUGGACAGAAACCAAAGCCACGAUGUGCUGAGUGCCAGCUAAGGCUCAGCUGGCUUCAUGCAGUCUGCUUCCUCCUUGUCUGCCCAGCAGAUGGGAGUGAGAUGUGGGGAGCUCAGACCUUGCACCUUCACUGCUUGGGCCAUUUCAGUGAUGGGGUGCUCAGCUGUGUUUUCCUGGCAGUGAAGCAAGUGCUGAAAGAACGGACGCAGUGCUCGCCUCCAUGUGUACAUAGAGCUGACUUGAGAGCUCACGCGAGGCUGCGCUGUGGGCUCUUUUCUCAUGACAUCUCCAGCUUUGCUAAAGCUCCUUCUCAUGUCAUGGUUCAGAAAAGCUUUCACAAUUACAUAGAAAACAGAACUGAAGGAACUUAACCAGCUCUUAUCCCACUGUUUACCAAUUGCUUGCGUUUCCCUUUGGCAGUACUGCAGCAGGUUCUUCAUUUUAGAAUACCGUGCCAUUGAAUCCUUCGCUUUAGAAUAACCCCGUUGUGAAUUUCCUUUUCUUUUUGGUGCUUUAAUAAACUCAGUCAUUUUCUCGCAGCCUCAUUAUGGAAUCCCGACAAGCGCUGCGCUGCCACUGAUGGCUAUUCAUUUGUUGUGCUAACAGCGGAAUUACUCCACAGUACCAUUUCAGAGUCUGAAAAAGCAAAAUGACGAGGCAGGGUAAGGCCUUCACCUUUGGUUCUGUAAUAAAAGUGAACACAGGAAGCUCAGAAACAAAAUUCUUGUGAAAUUAGAGUCGUAUCUUGUGAGCGGAAUUCUGAUCUCAGAGCAAAGCGUAUUGCUUGCCCAUGCAGGAAAAAUCUAUGCCAAAUGAAGGCUGACUGUUGUGCUGUGCAAAGACUGAUUGUGCUAACACUGACACAUGUAUGUAAGGGUCAGCGCGGGGAAAGGAUCAGAAUCUGACCACCUUUGGAAAACAUUAAAACAAAUUGUCUACUAAGGCA